UCUGUCUAUUUUUGGUUCUUUUAAUUUCUUCAUCUUUGUCAAACUUUCCGUGUCACCACUGUCCCUUGAUUAGAGGCUCUUUGUUAAAUCCCCAGGUUUGGAGGAUGCAGACUGUGCAGAUGGAGACUGAGGGCAGUCAGCACCUCCAUGUGCUCACAGCCUCUCCACAACUCCAUCACAUGGACGAACACAGUGACAGACGUUUCAGAAUCAUCUCUGAUUAACUUCAGAGCUGCAGCAGGUCAGCACGAACAUGCUGAUUAUCUCACCCUACCAUCUCUCUUCUGCGCUGCGCUGCAGUCCAUUCCACUCAUUUGUGAAGUAAAACUGUAGUGGAUGCUCACUGUGCAGGAUGGAGGCUGUGGCUCUCUUCUCUUUCACAGCAUCAGAGGCAGAUGAGAUCAGCUUCCAGAAAGGAGACAUCGUCAAGGUGGUAGAAAUGGAGAGAGACUCUUUCUGGUUCACAGCCGAGAUUGAGGGGAAACGUGGAUUCAUACCUGAGAACUACAUCUCUCUGCACCCUCAUCUCUGGUUUGCAGGAGCGAUAUCAAGACUGGAGGCUGAACAACGACUGUGCUGGCAGGAUCCUGGAGCGUUUCUAGUGAGGGAGAGUGAAUCAGCUCCAGGAGAGUUCUCUCUCUCUGUUAGCUAUGGUGACAGGGUGGAGCACUUCAGGGUCCUGGAGGAUGGUGGUCAGUACUACAUCUGGGAUAAGGCAUUCUGCUCCCUCAACCGCCUAGUGGCGUUCUACAGAGCACACAGCAUCGCCGUGGAGAAAGUGGUCCACCUCAGGGAUUACCCCUCCCUUCACCUGAACUCACAUCUUGGACGCAACCCCUACCCCAACCCGUAUAACAGCACCUCGCUGGAGUCCAUUCACUCAGCCCACCGCCACCCUAACCCGUCUCCCAGAGACUGGCAGACCUCCGCACAUUCACUCAAACCAGUUUUAGAGCAGAAGCCUCGAGUGGCCCGUGCUCUCUGCGAUUACACCCCCUCCCAGACCACUCACCUCCACUUCCAGCGCGAUGAAAUCAUUGACCUGCUGGAUUGUUCCAGCUCCCUCACCUGGAGGGGACGCUGCCGCGGCAGAGUGGGCAUCUUCCCUCCAGAGGUUGUCCAACCAGUGCUCCAUUAACUCCAUAUGGUUGGACAUGAUGUAUUGGUGUCUAUGACGUUUAUGUCUGAUGCUUCUCAGUCAGGAUCGGUGGUGGUUCUUGCCUGAAUGAUAAAUUGGGCAGCCCCCCUUUCUGCCAUCCCCCAGCCAGUGUAAAUGCAUUUCUAGGAUCAAAUACAUUACAGUACCACACAAGGUAUAUAAGAUAGUUUUCCUUUGCACAGCACCUAGCAUGUAAAUACAAAUAGAAACUGUCCAAAGUGCUUGGACAGAUUGUUUUUAAUCUGGUGCUUGUGGUCUCUCUUUCUACUGCUGCCCUGGGCCACCGCCCUGUGGCCCAGAUCAAAAAGUGCCACUGGUCAUGAUAUACCCCACUGUCAACUGUUACACCUACAUUAACUUGACUCCAUUUCUUUGGAGCUGCAGGAUGAAGCUUUUAUAUAUACAAUAACAAUCUUUUCACAUAUUUAUUAAAUAUUUAAAACACUGUUUCCAUGGUAUGACACAGAUAAUCUGUGAAAAAAUUGAGCUCCCAGUUCCAACUAUAAACAACCAAUCAGAGCCAGUUGGAGGAUUUUGGCACAGUCAAUCAUGCUUGUGUAUGCACUGCUCAUCCUGAUGGUGAAUAAACGGUUUUUCUGGAAAAACAAGGCGCUUCUCUGCCGUUAUCACAUUGAGCACUAUGUACACGAGGGUGAUUGAUAGCAACAAGACCCUCGUUCUGGUUCUGAUUAGUUGUUUUUGGUCAGAUAGAACUGGAGCACAGGGAGGAGAUCAAUCUUUUCACAGAUCAUCUAUCUCAUUAUGCUGGCACCACAUGGUGACAAUUUUAACAAAUAUGUAAAAACAUAUUUCUUAUUAAAGUUACGUAGUGCAGCUCUAAAGAGUAGUUGGUAGAACAAGGGUGUCAAAACUUUUUGUCACGUGGGUUAAAAUUGUCAAGUCAAAAGAACAUAAGGACCAAGAAAUAUUAUUUUGUUAAUAAAAACUUAUAUUGUGAUGUGUUCUUUACCUACCUGAUGAUGUAAUAGUUUCAUUAAACAAAUGAAGUAGCCAGUUUUUAUUGGAAAGAGAUGUGUAAACCUAAGAAGGGUUUUGCAGAUUAGUCCUGUUAAAAGAAGUAUUUGUCAGGUAUGUUUUGAACAACAAACAUUUAGUCAGUGCAGAGCAAGAAAAGCAGGAUUUCUGUCACUCUAUAUUAGGAACUGGAUAGAUUUGGUCCUUGCAAAAGAAUGCAAAAAGUGUGGUUAUUUAAAGAUGAAUACAUGCAAACAGACGCAUAACCAGUAUGAGACACACCUGGGAAACAAUCAAGGGGAGACAGGACAACACAAUAUCCUCAACAUUUGGCCACCCUUGUAAAAAUUUGUUAAAAGCUUAUAAAAAAGCUUUUAAAUAAUAAAUUAAUCUUGAUUGCAGCAGCAUAACUGUAUACAUAGUUACAUGUAUAAAAAACGAUUUUUUUUAUUUAUUUUUUUUUUUUUUACCAAUAUAACCAAUACCACACUUCAAAAGGUGAACUUCCUGUUAACACACUGUAUGUCCCCUUCAUGUCAAUAGCACAAGCCUUAUUCCUGUCUGAAAACAUUAGCCAAGUUGGAGUAUGUUGGAGAUCUUUUGCAAUUCCUAUUUGCCCAAAGUCUUCUGUAGGUGCCUUUUUGAAGCUUUUAAUAAUAAGAACCACUUCAGUAAAUACAAAGUUCUCCAAGCAACACUCAAAAUUUUGGAACUGAACUAGAACAGAAUGUGGCCUUCUCCCAUUUGUUGUACUUUUUCUUUGUUUUACCAUGCUAUUUCUUUUGACUAGUAAUAUUAACGUUUUGAAGCAGGCUCACAGACUCUCAACAAGAAUCUGAUAGAGAAUCUGUGGAGGGAGCAAAAGAUGAGGGUCAUGGCAUGAAGGACUUCUAAACUCAAAGACUUGGAGAUUAUUCUCAAAGCUAAAGCAUCAAGAUACCAGAGGAAACAUAUGAAAAGCUGCUCAGCGAUUACAAGAAAAGGUUGAUAGCUGCUCUGCACCAACAAAGAUUUUCCCACUGAUUAUUGAGAAGGAUAUAAAUAUUAAUUGACAAGAAAUGAUAAUUUUAUUAUCAUUUGAGAGAUACCUAUCUCAUUUCCUGUCAGAAAGAAAUUUCUUUGUUGAAUGAAAAUAUAAUAUUGGGUUUAACUUUACUUUGAUCACAACUUUUAUUGCUAAGAGUUAUUAGCCUGGUCACUGAGCACAACAAUUAAUAAACCUUACAGAUUUCCCAAGCUACAAAUCAACACUGAUUAAAGUGAAUUUGAUGCUAUUUCUAGACCCAGGUUACAACUUCAGAGGUAAAUACAAUGUAGAAUAACAUGUUCUUGGUCAUCUGCGUUUAUUAUGUUCAUCUACUUAUUCUGCUAUGCAUUUAACUUUUGAGAAGUGUAUGUUUGAUGUACAGAACUGUACGCUGUUGAAUGUUUGCGCUUAUUAGCUCUACAGCUAACUGGCUUCAUUUACCAUUUACAAGGUAGAUAACUUUCAACAAUAUUCUUGAAGCACAUGUAAAGGUAACCCAAGUACAACCAUUCAUACUUGUAACAGUAUGAAAAAUAAGGGUAUGUGUGUGUUUAGGUUAAGACACUGAAAGUUGUCAUGGAAACACUGAUUUGGUGUCUGAUGAACCAUUUCUAUACUUAUUUGCCCAAUGAUGACCCAUUUUUAGAUUUCUGGUAGACGCCAUCAAAGAUUUAAAAUUUCUUUUGUAUUUCAAACAGAUGAUGACGUCCACUCCAACAUAUGUUUUUAUGCUUUUCCAUAUUUCCAUUUGUUCAUGCCAUACCUGAAUCCAUGUUCUUAAAUCUUAUAAACUGUAUCAAGUGUGGUGUUUUGAUCCACCUUAGUGAUCUGUCAAUUUAUUUGGAUAUUUUUAUCUUUGUCAUUAAGCAAUUUGAAAAUCUCACAUUGAUUUCUGGGCAUUAUGAUUAACUUGUCAGUUCAUCACAAGAAAGAGAUUCAAAUCAUCACUUCUUAAUUUAAUAAAUGUGUUGCAGCUUUAGAGUGAAUCAUUGUAACCUGUUAAAAUAAAGAGUUUU